AUGGCCACUAGCGAAGCCUCAAACAAAAGCACGUAUGCCGUUGACAUGGUGAAGAAGUUCUCACAGCAUGCUGACGGCAAAACAUUUCUCAUCACCGGCCCAAGUGAAGACAUGACCGGCCCAAGUGAAGAAGGCAUCGGAGCAGAAAUUGCCCUCUCCAUAGCCUCAUCAUCUAAUCCUUCAAUGAUAAUCCUCGCCGGUCGAACCAAAGCGAAAGGCAUGUCCGUUAAGCUCCUCAUUCGUGACAUGAACCCCAAAAUCAACGUCGUCUGGAUCCCGUUGAAUUUGCUUGACAAUGAGUCCGUCCGGGCUGCGGCAGAUGCUAUCAAGAGACUGGGGAGUAAGAUAAAUUUUUUGAUCAAUAAUGCGGAAGUGAUGGCCGUGCGAGAUUAUACGACCUCGAACCAGGGCGUCGAAAGCCAAUUCGCUGCGAAUUACUUGGGUCACUUUUUGUUGACUAAUUUGUUGAUGGAUCGAAUUAUCGCAGCGAGAGAAGAGGGAGCGAUAAUAGUUAAUGUGGGGAGUUUGGGGUAUGAAUUAGGUGAGGUGAAGCUUGAGGAUAUCAACUUUGAGGAAGGGAAAACAUACAAUGCCUGGAGGGCAUUUGGACAAUCAAAGACCGCAAUGCUUCUCUGGAAUACUGCUCUUGCCAGAAGGCUGACCGAUAAAGGGGUCGCGACACUCGUCGUACACCCAGGAACCACUCUAGAAACGAAACUUCUUGGAAAUUCCAGCGUCGACCAAGAGCUUCUUGCAGAGGCGUACCAUUUUGCCAUCGAGAGAAAUAAUGGGAAACCUCUCCCACCUCAGAAUAUGGUUUUAAUACAGGAAGCAGCUGGCGCAGUAAUUCUUGCUGCACUCGAUCCCGCACUCAGAGCAUCAUCCCCAGCAUUUAUAGUUAACGGGAAAAUUUACACAGAGACCAGGAGCUAUGCAACUAGCGAACAGAAUGCUGAAAAAUUAUGGAAAUUGAGCGAAGAACUUGUCGGGGAAAGUUUCAAGAUCUAG